AUGGAGACGGUAGAGGGCCCAAAACCAAAGGGCAGUCGCCCACGAUGGAUUCUGCACAUCCAGGCACAAUUCUGGCGCGUCCUCAUGGGCAUCGGCAUGAUGCUGCAUCGCCUCGCACGACCAUUACCACCAAGGCCGGCCUUUCACAGAGACAUCGAAUCGAGCGUUUCGCCAAUAAAAGGCAAAUUUCGCCUCCACUUCUACGUGCCCAAGGAAUACAAAAAGCAAAUGAAGUUGAAGGGUACUAGGAAAUACCCUGUUGUUGUCAACUUUCACGGUGGAGGAUUCGUACUUGGAACAGCCCACGACGAUGCGCGCUGGUGUGGCGUCGUUGUAGAACAAGUCGGAGCCGUAGUCGUCAGUGUCGACUAUCGUCUCGCGCCCGAGAAUCCGUUCCCUACUGCAGUAGAAGACGGUGCCGAUGCGUUGCUCUGGCUAGCACAACACGCGGACGAGCUGGCGCUCGAUGCGGAUCGAAUCGCGAUAUCAGGCUUCUCGUCGGGAGGAAACAUGAGCUUCACAGUUCCACUGUGUCUCCAAGGCGAGCUCUUCGACCGCACUACCUCCGGCCAAAAAAUUGUAGACGGGCGCGCCGGCCACGUUCCAAACACGGUUUCCACACAUCCUCCUACGCUGGCCCCAACACCAAAUGGCUCCCGCGUCCCGCUCAUGCGCCAGAAGACGCGCCUUGACCGAAUCGCCAUGCUCCGUCAAACAGGCGAAUCCGCCCUCUCCCUCGUAUCCUCGUACAAAGACACGUCCGGCGUAUCCGUCAUGACCGAAGGCUCAAACGCUGUCCUCAAGAUCCGCGGCAUAGUGUCCUUCUACCCACCAACCGACUACACGGUAACGCGCGCCCAACGCCGCGAAACCUGCGCCCGCGUCGACCAGAACCUCCCCGCCGUCUUCACUGACCUCUUCGACGACUCAUACCUCCAGCCCCCCUCGCUCGACCUCUCACAUCCCUGGCUCAGCCCUGGAGUAGCCCCAAACCACAUGCUCGAAGCCCUCCCGGAUGACAUCGUCCUCUUCUGUUGCGAAUGGGACAUGCUCCUCGCUGAAGGCGAGCGCUUCCGCGACCGCCUCCAAAAAGACCUAGGCAAACGCGUACACUAUCACUGCGUCCCCGGCGUCCCCCACGGCUGGGACAAGGCGCCCAACCCCCUCCGUGAAAGCCCCGGUGCCAGGCGCCAGUACAUGGUUGCGUGCAAGGAGCUUAAACGCAUGUUUGAAAUCGAAGACGACGACGAUGCCCACAAUACCGAUUUACCGUGUAGACAAUACCAUAGGAGUAUGGAUCUAGGCAAAUUGACACGUCCGCCUGUAGAUGAGGUUUAG